AUGGAGUGUGUUUCUUAUGACAAUAGAGACUUAAAUAAUGUAGUAUGCACUAACGAAUUAAUAAAUGAAAAUUUAGAAUCACACAAUUUAUAUGAUAAUGUUAAAGAAAUUGAAAUAAACACAUACAGAAAGAAAUAUGAAAAAGUUACUGAUUAUGAAAAUAUAAAUGAUGAAAGAGGAAACAAUGUAAAAAAUGAAGAAAAAAAUAUGAACCAAAUUAGUAAUUGUACUGAAAAUAAAAUUGUUGACAAUUUUAAAAAGGAGCAAGAUUAUUCAGGAAAUAAUCAAAAAAACAAAAAAAAAUUUUCAUCAAAAAAAUUUUCAAAGUCCAAAAGUGUAUCCAAUAAUUUUUAUGGAGAAAAAGAGGAUAAUUAUUUAGAAAGAGAAAAAGUUUCAGAAAAACGUUAUACAUACGAAUGUAUAAGUGACAAAGGAUCAGAUGAUCUGAAUUAUAGAAAAAACAUAUCAGGAGGAUAUAAAGAAGAUAAUAGUGAAUCACCUAGCAAGAAUAAUACAAAUUCAAAAAUUAACAAAUUAGAAUACCUAGAAAAUUAUGAUCAUAACACUAAUAGGGAUUUUGUUUGUGCGAAUGAAAAAGCAAAUUUUUAUGUUUCUGAUAAUAAAAAUAAACAUAGGUAUAGUUACGAAAAACCUUUAAAUUCAUUUGCUAAUAAAAGCAAAGGCAACUACAAAGAUAAAAACAAUAUGGAUUUCGUUAAGAAUAGUAGCACAUUAGAGUCCAUUAGAAGAAAUGAUAUAAAUAAAAAUGUAAAAAAUAACAAAAAUUAUGAAAUGAAUAAAAAUAAUAAAAAUUUAGAUAAUAGCAAUAACUUUGUACAUAAAAAUAAGUCUUUGAAUAGUAACAUCAAUUAUGAGAAAAAGGAAAAUACUAAACUGUUUAGGUCUACUACUAAUCAAGAUAUUGUAGAAAAGGACUGCACCAAUUCAUCUACAAAAACAUAUUCAAGUAACCAAGUGAAGUUAAAAGAGAAAACAGAUGUAGCUAAAUUUGUAGCAAAAAAGGAACCUAACUAUGAUUUUAAAAGUGCUUUAAAUGUUCAAUUUUGUAAAACAAAAAUGUGCCCAUACAUGAACACUAAAGAAAAGUGUAAAAGGUUUUCUAAUAAUAUGUGCCCAUAUGCUCAUGACAAAAGUGAAUUGAAACCUAUUCCUAAUUUAUAUAAAACAGCUAUGUGUCGAAAUUUUAUAAAAAAUUUAUGCUUUAAAUCUAAAAAAGAAUGCAAUUUUGCUCAUCAUGUUGAAGAACUUAGAUCUACUGAUGAGUUUUACAAAACAACGUUAUGCAAAUUUUUCCUUAAUGGAUAUUGCAAGGCAGAUAAAAAUUGCAGGCACGCCCAUGGAUACAAGGAAUUAAAAUCUAGACCUACCAAUAUGUUUUUAGAAAAUGGAAAGAUAAGUAGUUAUAAUACGAAUAAUAAUGAUAUAGAUAAUUCAAAAAGUGAUAAUAAUAAAGAUUCAUUGAAUGCUUAUAAAACAUCUGAAGUAUGUUCUUUAAAUGAAAGUAAAGAAAGUAGUACAAGAGAAGAAGAAAGUAUAUUAACAAUGUAUGAUAUAAAAAAAGAUGAAAAAAAGGAAAACUUUUAUAAUAAUUCUUGUAAACUUAUGUCAAUUAGUACUAAAGAUACAUACUAUUUUUUAUCAAGUGGAUUAUCCAAAAAUGUUGUAUCUUCAGAAGAUGAAAACCAAAGCGUAAAAACAAAUGAGGAAUCACAUUUUGCUCAAAGUAGUGGAAGAUCAAAAUUCAAAAGUUCUGAAAGUUCAAAAAGUUAUUUAAGAGAAGGAGAAAAAAAUUCAGAAUUUUCUUACAAAUCUAAAGAAAGAAGCUACUGUAAUGAUAAAAAAGUUAAAGAAAUGAGCAAAUUUUGUGUUCCUGCUGAAGAAGAAAAUUUAAUAGUAAGUAAUGUUGAAAAUGAAUUUAACCAAGUAGAUCAAUGUGAAAAGAAAAAAUAUGAAAAAAAUCUUAUUAGCGAAUCUGAAAACAGCAAGAAAAUUAUAGAGGAAAAAGAUGAUUAUAGUGAUACGAAAUACGAGCAUGACAAACAUUCAAAAUUUUCAAAAUCCUUCAAAAAUAAAAAGAUAACUUUGAAUGGAUAUAGAACUUCAAAAAAUGCAAAAAAUGACAUUGAAAUAUCUAAUAAUGAUAAAAUAUAUGAAGAUAAAAAUAAAAUGAAUGAAAGUAUAGGUAACAGUUCGAGUGAUAUUACCAUUCAUAAAAAAUUUGAUAAUAAUAAAUCAAUAAAAGGUAAUACAAACGUGAAUUCAUAUUUAAAAAAUAAUAAUGAUACUUUAAAGAAUUCUCAUGGAAAAAUAGAAGAUGAAAAACUCAAUAAAAAUGUUGAUUUUGACUCUAAAAAUAUUAAUAAUGAAAAAAUACAUAGAAAAGCAUUCCAUUUUAAUAAGUUAAAUGAAAUUAAUAAAUCUAAUUAUAACAAUGAUUUAAAUGCUGGUAGUAACCAAUAUGAUCAUGAUAACAAUUAUUAUUUCAAAGACAACAAUAUACAUAAUCAUCAAAGAAAAAAUAAUUUUAACAAUGAAUAUAACAAAAAUAAUCAUAAAAAUAAAAGGAUUUUUAAUGGUAAUAACAGUAGUAAUAAUAACAAUAACAAUAGUAAUAUUUUUAAUAAUACUAGUAGUAAUAAUUAUAAUAAUAAUAAUUAUAAUAAUAAUUAUAAUAAUAAUUAUAAUAAUAAUUAUAAUAAUAAUUAUAAUAAUAAUUAUAAUUAUAAUAAUACAAGUAAAAACUAUACAAAUAAUAAAAACAUUAAUAAUAAUAAUGUGAAUUAUAGCAAUAUAAAUUACAACAAUAAUAAUGUGAAUGGCAAUGCUAAUCAUUUUAAUAAUUAUAAUUAUCAGAGUAAUUAUAAUUGUAACUAUAAUAAUUUGGAUGGAAAUACUAAUAAAUAUACAGGUAACAAUCAUUUUUAUUAUAAAAAUACAAAACAAAGUAAUAAUUGCGAUAAUACUAACAAUAAUUAUUCAUAUGAUUUAUCUUCAACAAAUAUGAAUAAUACAACAAAGAUAUUUAAAAAUUACAAAGUUAAGAAAAAUUUUGUAGAUAACAAUACUUAUUUUGAUAAUAAUAUAGAUGAUAACAAUAACAGUAAUUAUAAUAAUUUAGAUAAUAAUAAAAAUGAUAAUAACAGUAAUAUUAAUAAUAUAUAUUAUAACAAUAGUAGUAAUAACAAUAUAGAUAGUGUUAAUAGUAAUAGCAAUAUAGAUAAUAUUAAUAACAAGAAAAAUACUAUAAAUAAUACCUUUUAUAAUGAAACAUGUUAUAAAAGUAGUGAAGAAAAAUUUGGUAAUAUUCUAUACAAAAAGAAUACAUCACAUAAUUUAAAUAUGAAUAAUGAAAUAGUUACAUCAUAUGAUAAUAUAUCAGAUAAGAAAUCUAAAUAUUACUCUAUCAAUUUAAAAAAUGAUAAAGUAAAAAAUGGAAGAAUGCUAACACAAGAUUUAAAAAAAAAUAAUGAAGAAUUAGAUUUUACCUUAAGAAAACCUGAUUAUUUAUGUAAAAAUGAAAAAGAACAUAAAAAAAGAAAUUAUAACAAUGAAAAAAAUAUAAAUGAAGAAAAGGAAUUGGCUUAUAUAAAUCGUAUAGAAUACAAUAAGGCAAAUAAUAUAAAUAUGCUAAAAGAAGAUAUAUAUAAAUGUAAUAGUCAAAACAUAUAUGAUAAUAAUAAUAAUAACACAUAUAAGUCAUUAACUUCUCUAAUUAAUCCUUUAAGCAUAUCUUCUACAGAAAGAAUGAAAUUGCAGCAUUCUCCUUUAACUUAUGAUAAUGAUAAAAAAGGAAAUUCUUUUUUAACAAAAAAUAAAGCAGAAAAUAAUGUCGAAAAUAAUACAUUAAAAAAAGCAACUAAAAUUGAAAAAUACUUAACUGAUCAAGAACUAAAAACAUGCACAUCAUGCUAUCAAUAUAUAAAAAAAGUAGCACCUGCAGAUAUAGCAAUAAUUGAAUCUUCUUGUUUAAAAUGUGGUCAACUUAUUAAAAAAUCUAUGUGCCAAAUGAUAAUAGAGAUUUUAAAACCUCAAGUACAAUUUAUUUUUUCAGAUAUUAAUUUCUAUGUGCAGUGUUAUCAAGAUUAA